GAAUACCUAGUGAACUCGUAACCGGUUGUCCGGUUGGCCUUUGAAGGUCUAAUAACGUCUUUCCGAUUGACGAUAUAAAGCAGUGUUAUCAAGACUCGGCUUCAGUUUCGAAACUGACACUUAUUGUUCAAUACACUCAUAUGUUUUAUUGAAAAACAUUUAGAUUUUUUGAAACUGACCUAAUUGGUCGGCCUACAUACUCAUUUGUUUCAUAACAAAAAAAAUAAAACUGGUUUUUUAUUUUUUACUUUGUUGACAAAAAUGCGUUCGUAUAUGUGCAGUGCUAUUUUGAGUUUUUUAUUGUUUUGCUUGUGGAAUGUCGAAGCCAAAUUAGCGCCUGAUUUCAUUCAUCCGUGCAACCAUACUGGCUGGUCAGAAUGUCUGGUCAAAUCGACGCAGGAGGCCAUCCCAGAUUUCGUAAAAGGAAUGCCGAAUCUAGGAGUACCAUCUCUGGACCCCUUCGUCAUUGAAAAACUAGCCAUUCCCUUGAACGGGCUGAAAGUGACAUUUUACGAAGGAAAGGUCACCGGAUUCCGAAAAUGCAUUGUUGAUAAUGUUAUAUCUGAAUUGGAGAAGCGCCAUUUCGUAUUGCAGUUCCACUGUAACCUGACAAUAAAGGGCCGUUAUGAUGCUGUAGGAAGGAUACUUCUGUUCCCUAUCAACGGAGAAGGAGAUGCCAAAAUCAAACUAACUAACCUCCGAAUGACAGUGGACAUCAACACAAAAUAUUAUAAGGACAAGAAAGGUGCAAAUCACUUCGGAUUGAAGAAUUACAAAUACUCAUUCGACUACGGCGACAGAGUAUCGUUUGACCUACAGAACCUUUUCAAGGAAAGCAAACAACUUAGUGACACGGUAUUGGCGUUCCUAAACGAUAACUGGAGGAUGGUUGCCGAAGAGUUCGGUAAACCAAUAGUUGACUACGCCGUCGAUCUCGCCAUUAGAACUAUAGAAAAAUUCUUUAGUGCCGUACCUUAUGAAGAACUGGUGAACAUUCCGAUACCUCAAUAGUUAUUAUCGUUUUUGUAUAAGUGGUUAAGUAGCUUUGUAAUGCUUUAAUUAAUUAUAGAUUUUUACUUUUUAAUUGUCGUUUUCUUGAUUUCAAACCUU